AUGGCGGUGCUUGAGCAGUCUUGGAUCAAAGUGCAAGAGAAGACUUUUGGAAAAUGGCUCAACAACAAACUCAAAGUACGAAACGUCCAGGUCAAUGACCUCGUUCACGACCUCUCCGACGGCAUCGCCCUGAUACACCUCCUCGAGAUCCUCUCCAACGAGUCCCUUGGCCGAUACGCCGCUCGACCGAAAUUGCGGGUGCAGCGCUUCGAGAAUGUCAAUAUUGCGCUGGACUUUAUCAAGUCGCGAAAGAUCCAGCUGACAAAUAUCGGUGCUGAGGAUGUUGUGGAUGGCAAUCGAAAGAUUAUUUUGGGGCUGAUAUGGACAUUGAUUCUGAGGUUUACCAUCAGUGAUAUCAAUGAUCAGGGAUUGAGUGCGAGAGAGGGGUUGUUGCUGUGGUGUCAGAGGAAGACGGCCUGCUAUGAAGAUGUGGAGGUCCGGGACUUCUCUGGAAGCUGGAAUGAUGGAUUAGCUUUCUGCGCCCUGCUGGAUAUCCACCGGCCGGAUCUGAUUGAUUACGAUCAAUUGGACAAGUCAGACCAUAAAGGCAACAUGCAGCUCGCCUUUGAUAUCGCGAGUAAGGAGAUCGGUAUCCCGGACCUGCUGGAUGUGGAAGAUGUCUGCGAUGUUGCUAAGCCGGAUGAGCGAUCCCUCAUGACCUACAUCGCAUACUGGUUCCAUGCCUUUUCGCAGAUGGAGAAGGUGGAGAAUGCUGGAAGGAGAGUAGAGAAGUUUGUGUCCAACAUGCAAGGCGCCUGGGAGAUGCAGAACAACUACGAGAGGAGAAUGCGAGCGCUGCUUCAGUCGAUUGCACAGCAGGGAAAUGACUGGGAGAAGUCUGAGUUUGAUGGCACUUACACCGACGCGAAAGAACAAAGCAAGAAGUUCGUUGGGUACAAGCGGAAAGAAAAGCGAGACUGGGUUGCAGAGAAGAGCGAUUUGGCUGGUUUGCUGGGCAAUAUCAAGACCAAGCUCAGCACAUACAGACUACGGCCAUACCAACCCCCGGCCGACUUGAGCUUGGAAGCAUUGGACGAUGCCUGGAAUGGACUAAUGGAAGCAGAACGAACCCGAAGCCAGGUCAUCAACAACACGAUCCGCGAUAUCAAGAAUAAUUUACGGCGAUCAUUCGCCCACAAAGCUAAUGACUUUGAGAUGGCGCUCAAGACUAUUAGCUUGAGCAUAUCCGGUCUGGAAGGCGAUGUCGAGGAUCAGCUCGAGCACACCAGCCAAAUAUCGCGGAACCUCCCUCCACUUGAUCAGUAUCUCGAAAUCAUCGACGGCCUGGACAAGCAAUGCCAAGAAGCCAAUAUCGAGGAGAACGACUUCACGACGUACACAUACGAUGAACUGGCAUAUGAGCUGUCUCUUGUUCGGUCUUCGGUACAGAAGAAGCUCGCCUUCCUCGAAAAUCAAAUGGUUGCCCGUAACAUGACUAACCUCACGCCAAUACAACUGGAGGAGUUUGAGUCUGUCUUCCGGCACUUCGAUCGCGACCUUUCCAAUUCUCUACAGGAGCUCGAGUUCUCAGCAGCACUAGCAUCACUGGGUCUGGUCUACGACGAACAAGAAAUGCACGAACGAUUCCUCGAAGUGGCCGGCCGGAACGGCAGCGUGUCGUUCGAGCAAUUCAUCCGAUUCAUGGUGGACGUCACAGAAGAUCAAAACACCGCCGAGCAAGUAUUUGAGAGUUUCCGUGAGGUCGCAGACGGAAAGCCGUACGUUACAGAACUGGACUUGACACACUCCUUGAUCCCCGAUGAAGUCGUCGAGCAGCUGGUCCAAACCAUGCCGGCGCAUAAGGGCCCGGACUUGCAAGAGGACCGAGACUUGCCCAAAUACGACUACGUGACUUUCAUGGAGCGAUACAUGGGCGAUAAAAAUAAAGGCGCGAAUGGGACAGGCAGACAUGAUGCGUCAUGA